UAACAUAUCCAACUAUGACACUAAAGCCAAACUCCAAUCUUCCCAAUUCUGAAAUCCACCAUAUAUGAGAAGCUAUACCUAUACCCAUAUUCCUACUAAUACUAUAGUCAACUAUGGCAGUUUUAUCACUCUCAAUGAGCUGGGUCUCCACUACUAUCCAUAACAAGUUGAAUUCGAUCCAUUGCAACGAGUUACCACGAGCUAAUUCUUCAAUAUUUUCGUCUAACAACAUUACAUGCUCAAAAGAGGCAGCCUCCAAUGAAGAAGACCGUACCAAGAGGAGGACACUACUGUUGGGAGUAGGAGCACUAACCUCGAGUCUUUUUCAAGCAAGUGCACUCUUUGCUGAAGAGAUACCGGCAAAUUAUCGAGCUUUUGUUGACUCUUCAGAUGGGUAUUCUUAUUAUUACCCCUCGGAUUGGAGGGACUUUGACUUUAUGGCACAUGAUUCUGCUUUCAAGGACAGAUAUCUACAGCUCCAAAAUGUCAGAGUAAAAUUCCUACCAACAGAUAAGAAAGAUAUCCAUGAUUUGGGUCCAAUGGAAGAGGUUAUUCCAGAUUUGGUUAAACAUAGAUAUGCUGCACCUAGUCAAGUAGCCACCAUAUUUGACAUGCAGGAGAAAAGCAUAGAUGGGAAGAACUACUACACCGUUGAGUUUCAACUUACAUCUCGAAUCUUCUCAACAACUUCAUUUGCUACUAUAGCGAUAGGAAAUGGGAGAUACUACACGCUGAUUGUUGGGGCAAAUGAAAGACGCUGGAGAAGAGUCCGCAACAAGCUCAAAGUGGUUGCAGACUCAUUCAGGGUGCUGGAUAUCUAAGCAUAUAUAUGCUUAUGCUUCAAAAGUAGCUAGAAAUAUGUCCAAUCUGGAUUGUUAUGAUUUAUUCAUCUUAAUCAAUCACCUUCAUGUAUAUAUCAUUUAAAAUUAUAAUAUCCUUCAAACACAUAUAUUUAAUCCUC